AUGGACCCGUCGUUUGCAACCUCGUAUCAGCCUUCUCCCGAUCACACGUGUCCGCAAUGCGGCUACCACCUACUCCCGCCCUCCGACCCCUCCGCUGAAGCCGCCGAAGCCAGUCGCCGCAUCCGCGAUCUUGAAGCGCAGGUGCGGCUCCUCAACUCCAAAGCCGCCGCAGCAGUAGACAAGCUUGCAGACUACGAGGAUGAAAUCACAAACCUACGCGAUGCGUACUCUAAGUCUCAGCAACAGCAGCAACAGGCAAAGCCGAAUGCGAGGAUGAGCAUUUCACCGCUAGAAGGGUCAGGUUCUAUGACAACGCAGGCCCAAACGCCGCCGCCACAGCAACAGUCGAGGCUGGCAAGCAUCAGCGCCCUUCUUCCAGGGCGUAGAAGGGAAGCCAAUAGCAGUCUCGGGGGACAGAAUCCCUUGACACCAGCCACAGGCACAUUCCCACAAAACAACGCCGCCGUCUUUGGCAGCACCACGUUAUCUCCGCCCAAAACGCCUUUUUUUGGAGCAGGAACGAUACUUGGUAAUUCUGCACUGGCCCUCUCCGAUAACAACCAAUCGACUGUCAGCCUCUCAACAUUACAAUCUUCACUGGAAGAAGAGCGGACGCUUCGAAUCCGAGCCGAAUCCUCCCUGUCACAAACUCAAACUGAGCUAGAAGAGCUCACCGCACAAUUAUUUGGACAGGCAAAUGAGAUGGUAGCAAAUGAAAGGAAAGCCCGGGCAAAGUUGGAAGAGAGGGUCAAAGUGUUGGAGCAGAGGGAUGUUGAGAAGAGGAAGAGGCUAGAACGGUUGGAGAAGGCUGUGAGCCGGAUUGAGAGAGUUCGAGGCAUGGUUGGGGACUGA